AUGAGUGAAAGGGAAGCAUUUGUUAGGGCAAGAGUCAAUAGAAUGAUGGAAGUCAGGAGGCAGGAAAACGAGCUCGGACGGAAAAGCUCCCAAGAUUAUUCUGGAAUCAAAAAAGCCAGCGAAACUUCUGAUAAUCUUCGAAAAACCUACAUAGAAAAGCUAGAGCAAAUCAAUGCGCUCAUGAGGGAGCGAGAAAAUGCAUUAGCUUUGAUUGGGAAAGCGCACAAAGAUGCAGAAGAUAAUCAAAUGCGAAUUGAAAAAGAGCAACGUGAGCGCCAAAUAUUUUUGGCAGAAUCAAAGAAAAAAGCCAGGGAAAGGGGCAUCAAUGCUUUGAGGGUUGAACAAGAAAAUGCCCAAGCCAAGGUAGAUGAAGAAAUUUACUAUAAAAAACGCCGGGAAGAGAUCUUGCAGCAGGAGUACGAUAAGGCUCACAAGGUUGCUGAAGACUAUAGAGCCAAGCAAAAAAUAAUUGAAGAACAGCUUAGAAGAGAAGCAGAAGAAAAUUUCAUAAGGCCUGGAGGCCAAGUGAUACGAGGGGAAAUUGACUAUUCAAAAACCCAUUUCCACAACCCUAUCAUCGUUAAACACGAUCUAGCUGAAAUUUCUGCUAUGGAAAGAGCUCAGCAAGAAGCUGAAUUAGAACAAAGAAAAUUGUACCAUCAGGAAGGAAUCAAAAUUAUGCAAGAGGAAAAAGCUAAAAACAGAGGUGAAGAAGCUCUGUAUGUUGAAAACAUCGAAAAAGAAUACAAACAAAUGAUAACUGAGCUGGAAAAGCUUAAGAGAGCUGAUGGCGAACAAAAGAUCGAGCAAGGGAUUUCUGAUUCCAUAACUCAGAACAGAUGCAUUAUCACUGACUCACAGAUAAACAAAAGAAAGCAACAAGAAAUGGAGGUGCAGUAUGAAAAAAUAUUUAAACCAGAGCCUGUGAAGGAAAAAACGAGAAUGACUUGGAACUUAAAAGAAAAGAAAGAAAUAAUUGAAGAAAACCCACAGAAAUCUGUUAGUAUUCCAAAGGUGGACUAUAUUCCAACUGUCAGCCAAGAAAUAAGUUCAUCAGGGCAGAAAAAAAUAGUCAUCCAAGAGGGACCUAGCAACGACCCAUUUGAAAGCUUAAAAAAUCCUUUAAAAUACCCAGCUUUCAGCCAAGCGCACGAAAAGAAAGCUUCUGCCCCAAAGCUGCUUAUAGACAGCCCUGAAAAAUCUGAAAGUGAAGGAUCUGAAGCAAGUGAAGAUGAAAAUGAGGAGGAAGAUUAUGUAUCCAGUGAAAGCAGUGAUGCUGACGAAUCAUUGAGUGCAAAAUACAAUGUCUAUGAAAAUCCAGACUACUCCUGGAAAAAUGUUGCAAUACAGCCACCACAGAAAAUAAAUGAAAAAAUUAAAGAUGAUAAAAAAGAAGUUAAGCCUCCUUCAAGAGGAGUUUGGGAAAUUAAAGAAAAUAAAGAUAUUUUAGUGCCAGAAGACAUCGUAACAGAAAUUAAGCCUCAUACAAGAGCUUCUUGGAAAGUUCAAGAUCGUGAAGACUUAAGAAAUAUUCAUGCCUCUAUAAAAGAAGAGCCUCAACUUUCAAAGCCCCUUACUCCUCUAUAAAUUAUUGCAAAAUACCCAUUUUUGGAUAAACAAACACCCUUUGAACAUAUUUUUUAUUAUAGGUGAAAAUAAUGAUUUCUACGCAGUUCGCUUUGAUACUCAAUUUAAAUGAAAAUUUACUUUACCCCCCCCCCCCCUCCGUGAGCGAACAAAAAAAUUUUGUUCGCUCACGGAGGGGGGUUAAUUUUUGUUUUUAAAAAAAAUUUAUAUAUAAAUUUUAUAAAAAAUAUUUUUUUCGAAAUUAAAAAAAUCCUAAUUUGCAAAAAUUGGGAAGCAAAUAUUAAUUUAAUUUGCAAAAUUUAUGUUUUAAAACGCAAUUUGUUUAAAAUUAAACAGAAUUAGCUCUAGAUUUCAUUAUACUAAUUAUCACUUAUAUAUCAAAAUUUUUUUCCAUUAAAAUUUUUUCUAUUAAAAAAUUUUUGUUCACUCACGGAGGGUGGGUUUUUGGUCAAAAAAUGGCGAUUUUUCUAAUGGUUUUGUUCGCUCACGGAGGGGGGGGGGGGGGAGUUAUAAUACUUUUUUUUAAAGAAUUUGUAUAAUUAGAAUAUUAUUUAAACAAGAAUGGCGCUUAGAGUCGAUCGAUUUUUAUAAAUUUUUUAUUAUGAAAAUUCUAUCAAAAUAAUUUUAUUGAAAAAAUUAUAUAUUGUUCCUUAAACAUGCUUUUUGUUUCAAUUGAAACAGGGAGUUAGGAAUAAUAUUGAAGAACCUGACUUUCCUCCCUUUCAAGAACCAAAAAGUUUCCAAAUUACAAAAAGUGAGGAAAUUGCUUCUAGGAAUUAUUCAAAAGAAAAAGCUCAAGAGAAAUCAUUUCCUGAGCAAUUCGAAGAAGUACAGUUUUCUAAGCCAAUUAAAGAAGCAACUCAAAAAUCAUGGGUACAAAAUCCAAUCGAGGAAAUACAGCUUUCGAAGCCUAGUAGAGACAUUCUCCAGCAAGCUCCUUACCAAUUUCAGUCAAAAGAAGACAACGAAGUGGACCUCAAAGAAGACCCAUUGUUUAAAAUAACAGAAAAGAAGACAACUUCAAGACCAGAAUCAGCCAAAAAAUCUCUGCAAGAAAAGCCAGCCCAGCAAGUCUCUUCGCGUCCACAAGAAAAGCAAAUUAAGCAAGAAAGACCGCAAGAAAGGCCGCAAGAAGCCUAUCAAGAACGAAAAGCCCAAUCAUAUGAGACAAGUCCGAUUGCAUACCCUUCGUUUCCAGUCUACACUCCAAUCCCUGUGAUGCCAGUUUACCCUUAUCCUACCUCUUAUCAAGUCCCUUCUUUUCCUGCAUAUUUAAAUCCUGCUUAUCCAUCAUAUCCUAGCCAAAUUUCUCCUCAAUUUAACCAAAAUUUCUCACAGCAACCUUUUUUGAGCCCUCAAAACGACCCUCCUUCAUUAGCCUCAUCCCAAAUUUCGGCCCUUUCUAUGUCUCCUCCUCUCAGCUCUUCUAUUGGCCAAAAAGAUAUGCAAAGCCCUAUCACUUCCCCUUCUAAAGAUAACCAGGAUAUCAUGAGAAGUCCUGUAAGUCUUCUAAGCUCAAGCCCAGAAAAGGAAGAAGAGCUCGGCCAAACCUCUUUUUUUCCUACCAUGAAGCCUGCAGAAAAAUUUGACAUUUACUCAAAGGUAAAAACUGAAUUCACAGCAAAGCCUCCUGAAGAUUUCGAAGAAAGUCAUAACGAACCUUUAAAGCCUAGAUAUGGAAACGGUGAAAAGCUAAAGAAAAGCGAGUCAUGGGACUUUGACUUUGAUAAAGUCACCUCAAAAGCUCAGCCUAAGAAGAGAGAAAUCCAGACAAGCAAGCCAGUUGUAAUGGAUUUCAGUGACGAUAAAGGGAAAAGUCUGGCUGAAAUUUUCAAAGAAAAAAAAUCAAAAACCCUUGAACAUCUGGCAGAGCGUGACCCAAAGCCUGUUAAAGCUGAGAAAAAAGAAAAAACCAAAGAAGAGCUCUUUGAAAUCAGGAAAAACUUGUUGAAGCACCAGAAGAGUAAGGAAGAAACUAAGAAAGAAGCUCUGGCUGAGCAGACUAGCAUUAAACAUCCUAAGGGAGACUUAAUGGAAAGGUUGGCUUCUGGACAAAAAGUAAAAGUAAACAAGCGAGAUAUGAAAAAGCUGACUGAAAAGAAUUAUGAAUUACUCCCUGAAGUUAAGAAGAGAAAAGAAGAAGAAAAAAAGAAGCAAGAGCAAGCCGAACGAAGACAGAGAGCCAGAGAAUUUGAGAAAAAACGUCAAGAAACCAGAUUUAAAUCUUUAAAUAAAUACGAAUAA